AUAGAAUAUGAGUAUGAUAAUGAUAGCGAUUGAUCAUAUGAUUCUGGAUUAUCGAGUAUGAAGCUGAAAGCAGAGGAGACACUGUUGAGUGAAGUAAUCCACAAUUCCCCUUUCACAAUGACCGGCCCUCUUCUCCUCAGGCAAUUCCUGCUUCAUCACCGCCUUCUCUUCCGAAACUUCAACGGUCUCGCCGUCGGAGCACUUCCUCCUCCGCCUCCUCGCCGCCUCUGCUGCUGCUCCACCGUCCCCUCCGAUCAGGCCGACGACAACGUUACCAGCACCAGCAGCAACCCUAAUUAUGUUUGGAAAGCUAAGGAAGCAUCAUCAUCGAGUAGUAGCUUCCAGGAUGACCCGGAGUAUCGGAAAUGGAAGGACAAAGAAGAAGAGAUUCUCAAGGACAUUCAGCCAAUUGUGUUGCUCACUAAGGACAUUCUCCAUUCUCGAAGGUACAUGGAUGGAGAGCAACUGAGUGCGGAGGACGAGAAAGCCGUUGUAGACAAUCUCCUUGCUUACCAUCCCCGCUCUGAAGAUAAGAUUGGUUGUGGUCUUGAAUCCAUCAUGGUUGAUCGUCAUCCUCAAUUUCGACAAUCAAGGUGUCUUUUUGUUGUGAGAACAGAUGGUGGCUGGAUUGAUUUUUCCUAUCAGAAGUGCCUUCGGGAGUACAUUAGAGAUAAGUACCCAAUGCAUGCAGAAAGGUUUAUUCGAGAACAUUUUAGGCGUGGGAGGGAGUGAGUGAUUGAAUUGGUAUAUAGUGGAAUCUGUGUUUUUAAUUUUGGUGUCGCCGUAUGUGAUAAUAUGACUACUUUUUAGUGUCUUUAUAAUUAUUAUUCAGUUUUCUCUUCUUA